UUAAGCCCUCAAUAUAACAGAGUAAUUAAGACUUAGAGCUGAUGCGGCUGAUAAUGGGUAAAAAGAAAACCCUUCUCUCUCCUCUUAUCCUCCCCGGACUUCUUCUUCUUCUUCUUUCUUUCUUUUCUCAUCCCAUCUAAAACUCAUAAUCCUCACGUCGUCGUUUCUAUCAAAGAGCUCGAGAAACUCAAACAACCUCGUCAUUGUUUUUAAAGAAAUUAACCUGACCUAGCCAUCCAGCGUCAGCACCAACAGCAGCAAUGUCAAUCUUCCAAUAGAUACUAAUGAAGCAAACAAUGGCUAACGAUGGUGGCAUGCUAAUUGAGGAUCUGUUGAAUUUUUUGUAUUCUAGUUUAUUAUUUGUAGGAUUUGUUGCUUUGACUUAUGAUUAUGUAGCUGACGAUGCUAUGGAUAUGCUUGGAGAGAGAGAUUUGGAUAUGAUUUCAAAACUCCAUCCUUUGUUGAUUUCAUGGCCUAUUGAUUCUAGUUUAUCUCAUUAAAAUGCUUUUUUGCUCAAGCGUAUUGAGCAUGCUAAGUUGUGGCUGUUAAGCUGUGGCUUUUCUAAACUGUAGUUGUUAAUUUAUGUGGGUUUAUUUUGCUGAUCGGCGAUGGUGGCGGCGCCGGCGGGUGGCAGUGGCAGUGGCGUUAGUUAUGGUUUGAUGGUUGGUGGGGGUAAAAAUAGAAAAGUAAUUGUAACUUAUUUUAUUUUAUUUUAAUGAUAAUUAUUUGUUUAUUUCUUAAUGUAAUAAUAACAAUAUUUUUAUUUUCUUUGUAAAUGAAAAUUAUUUCUUUUAUUUUCUAGUGCAUUAGUGGAUAUUGUAAGCCAAUCAGUUAUUGACACAUCAGCUGUAGUGAGUCAUUUAUUUUAUUCUGAUAAAGAUAAUUGACAUGUCAUUAAGAUUUAAACUAUAGACUUUUAAUACUUUGAAGAUUUAUUUGCGCCUAAAAAUAGUUUGAGGGCUAAUCGGUCCUACCACCAAACAUUAAGGGCAAAAUGCACAUUUCUCCAACUAAUACCUGUCUAUCAAAAUCAAAACCUCCCACGCGUUUCGACUUCCUCCCUUCCUUCUCCGGUGUCCUCUUGCCGCGUGUUACGAGGGUUAGCAAUGAAGUUUGAUAGAGAAACUCAUGUUCAUGGACAAUUUCCUGAGUUUGGAGCUAUUUUUAUGUCUAAUAAUGCCACAAAGAAAGAAUGUUUUAGACGGAAACUAUUAGGCCUUCCAUCUGGGCAAACUCAUUUUGUAAAGCAGGUUAAAGCUCGAAUGAUCUUAUUUCUGUUUGAGUUUGAGAGGAGAGAACUUCAUGGUGUAUUUCAGGCGUGCACUGACGGUGCAAUUAAUAUUGUGCCCAAUGCAUUUAAAUCAUCUGGAAAACAAUUCCCUGCACAGGUAAAAUUUUCCCCAAUUUGGCAUUGCACUCCGCUUCCUGAAAGUGAAUUUCGUGAUGCAAUAGAGAAUUAUUUUUCAGCAAGCAAGUUCAAUUUUGGGUUGUCUGAGAAACAGGUUCAGCAGCUUUUAUCAUUGUUCGGUCGAAGAAAGUUAAAAGAUAAAAACUUUGACAGACAUUUCACCCAAAGCAAGGGUGGAAAACAAAUUGGAUUGGCUGUAAAUAUAACUAGAAAACCAGUUGAUGAUGGCCGCGUUUUAGCAAUUAACAAUGAUAAAGAUGAAGAAACUGCAAUUGUCAAGUUUGUAUCAGGCAGCAGCAAGUGCUCUGGGGACUAUGUCGACAACUAUAUAAGAGCAAUUGAUGCUGAUAUGUCUGCAAGCACUUCCGUAGGACAUGGGCAUAAAACGGAGAGUGAUUUUGGCAUGCAGCAGUUUGGGAAACCUCUGGGCAGAAUAGGAAGAUCUUUCGACGAUAUCCAGUUCUUAGAGGGCAAUGAAAUUGGAAAUAAACAUGCUAUGAAUAUUGAUCCUAUGUCAGUUAGUAUAACCGACUAUUCUAGGCAUCCAUUCACCAUUGUUAGAAGCAUUGCUAAUCAUGUCAGUGAUGCAAUGAUUUCUGGGCUAGAAAGCAAAUGGGAUGAGCAUGAUGCUUUCCAGCCACGUGUCUCAGCUGAGCACCUUGAUUUGUUUCAGUCUAAUCCAUCUGCAUAUUCUAGCAAGUCCAUUUCAGAAGAAAUGUCUUUGAUGAAUGAUCAGCUUCAACAAUCUUCUGCAAUGGAUAGGUCAGUAGCUCCACAAAAUUUGAAUUCUUAUUCGAUAUCUAGCCAGGAUGCAGUUGUUACAAACAGUCUGUCCCUGCCUUAUGACCCUGAUGUCCCUGCCCUUAACUAUAUGUACUCAUGGCCACCUGAGCUAUCAAGGUCGGUGCCUGAAUUUUCUGUUCGCAGCAGUAUAUUUCCACACCUUGAAAAUCAGUCAUUAUCAUCAUAUAUAGAAUCUAAAAAUACAAGCAGAUGCCGAAACCUUAAUUCUGAUGUAUUGGAUAAUGUUCCUUUAUCUUGUCCUAGUUUGGAUAUGUUUCCUUAUUCAAAUAGUAUUAUGUAUUCUGUUUGUGAGAGGAAGCGAGAAAGUGUCUUCUCUCGCUUGGCACUACCUGCAGAUUUAAGUGAACAAGGAGUUGGACAUGUUGAAUGUGGUAUAGAUUCAUCAGUGGAUGAUGUCAUGGCCAUGUUGCACCUCAAUGGUUUUAAUGGGGCGAAGGCAAAACGUUUAAAGAAGCUGAAUCAAAGGCAGGCUGACAUGGCCGACUUGAGGAAGAAAAGACAGGUGACUGGGAACUCAAAGGAGAGAGACAAACAUCAGAUUUCUUCUGGGGAAGAGGAAGUCAUCCAAAAAGUAGAACAGAUACCUUUUCUUGAUUUCAAGCGUCGUAGUGAAGCCCGGAAGUUUCAAGAUGAUGCCAAUGGUAAGGGAUGUAAUGAGAAUGUUGAGAAAAGUGGAUCCCCAGAUGGGCAACGUAAAAGGAGAAAAUUGAUUAGGCCAAACUUCAGUAUGGGCGAAUCGUCCGAUGAUGUCAUGGUUGGAAGCAAGGAUAAGAGAAGCCAUAAAUUAGAGAUCAUGGAGUUAACCUUCCAAAGAAAUGUAGAUAAUGAGCAAAAUCUUCAUAUUGGACGUGAAGAAAAGAAUGUGAAUGUUGAGGAAAGUUUAGACUAGGAAAGAGAAGAGAAUAUGGAAAGUAGUGCAUUGUCCUUCCGAAAUGCAGCUGAAAAGAGGAAAGAAGAAUCAGAAGUUUUUGAGUUGCCGGUGGUGAGAUUAAUAUAAACUAGUGGCGUAUUCUAUGGUCAUUAUUAUUUUGAUCAUAAAAUUAAGUUGAUAGAUAUAAUUUAAUAUAAUUUUUAAUUUUUAAUAUUAAUUUAUAAUAUUUUAAAAAAUAAUAACAAAUUAAUUAUUUUUA